ACGUUGUAUGGCUCGGGCGAUAACGUCACUCUCAUACGCCAGCCAACUCUGGGAUACUAUUCGACAAGACGAUCAAAGACGAUCCAACAGCCAAACGGGAUACUGUUGCGAGGGACUUGAGAUGACCGCGCGAGAUUCAAGGAUUCUACCGAUGGCCGAACUGCUUCCGUCCUACGAAAUCACAACUAUUUCUCCCGAUCUCAAAUGAUCUCCAUCGCGUCGUCUAUGCAUCAAGUAUUAUUAUCUCCAAGUUGAGAUUUCAUUACACCCUUUAAGUGUACAAUAGAGAUUGACUGUCGUCAGAAGCACCUGGUAUCAAGAAAUCUGAUGGUGGCAGGAACUUUGCAUGGCAAUUCCUGAUAACUCUUCUUUUUCCAGAAUCCUUUUAUUGCUCGUAGCUUAGAGUGCGUUAUGCGAAAAGAUGCUGUUCAGCCAGAAGAAACUUUGGCAAGUUCCGAGUGCUUCCGUACGAGUGAUACGUAUGUUAGGUACAUACGUUCUCCCAAGGGAAAGUUACGCGCAAGCUCCGCGAUAUUGAUCCGUUUCUGAUGUGCCAGUCGCGGCGGCUAGCUGCUGCACGCGCUGUAAAUAUCAGCCUGAUUGUGCCGAGCAUCAAAUACGCUCGUGGAUAAAGAGAGUCUCUUCGUGAGAAAAACGGCCAAAAUGGUCGAAGGACUUUUGGAAGACGGUCCCCUCAUCCGACCGGUGGAUUCUGUUUCCACAGCGACUCUGAUUGGACUAUGCAUUGGGAUAGCCUUCUUAAUAUGCAUGGCAGCGACGACGUGGUGGCUCUGCCGACGACGAAGAGAGCACACGAAAUUGAAUUCGGACAAGUCAUUGGCAUUCCGACCGCCACACCGAAAACCGACGGCGGUCAAGAGUCCCGGGAGCACCAGUCAUUAUCUGAAGAAGAGUCCCAGUCCUACGGGGCCGGCAAAGAGUCCUCCUGGAUCGGGAGGCCAGACGCCUAGUCCCACGGGCUCGCAACCGUCUCAACAUUCGAACAAUCUGACUGUUUCUCGUCCGCGUACACCGCAAGGAGGAGGUACGACGACGCCCGUGCAGACGCCGCCCGGCGACGUAGCUCUGAGCAUAGAGAACGAGCGCGACAAGGCGGAAAUCGAAAAGAGCGAGAAGGUCGACCGCGGAAGGUAUAACCCCGACAGCAAUAAAGAUGGUCUCGGGCAACUGUUCUUCAAGCUGCGCUAUCGAAGCGAACAGAAUGCAGUGGUGGUAACGGUCGUCAAGUGCACGGGAUUGCCCGCGCGAGGACAGCAGCACGCCACGAGCGACCCUUAUCUGAAAUUACAGCUACUGCCGGACAAGCAGCAUCGCGUUAAGACCAGAGUACUCAGAAAUACGAGGGAUCCGGUCUACGACGAAGACUUUACGUUCUUCGGGAUAUCACAGAGUCAGCUGCAGAAAACAACUCUCCACUUUGUCGUCUUGAGCUUCGACAGAUACUCCCGAGACGACAUGAUCGGCGAAGUCGUGUGUCCGCUCUCUUCGGUCGUCGGUCUCGAAGAAGCAGACAAUCAGCAGAUCUCCCUGUGCCGUGAAAUUUGUCCAAGGAGUCUUAAGAUCCAAUCGCAAGGACGAGGCGAGUUGCUCGUCUCUCUUUGCUGGCAACCGGCAGCCAGUCGUUUGACCGUGGUCGUCCUGAAGGCCCGCAACUUACCGAAAAUGGACGUAACGGGCUUGGCGGAUCCUUACGUUAAGAUAUACCUUCUUUACAAUAAUCAGCGAAUCGCUAAGAAGAAGACUCACGUUAAGAAGCGCACUCUCAGCCCAGUAUUCAAUGAAUCCUUCAUAUUCGAUAUACCGAAUGGUACCGAUGGUCUCGGUAAUAUCAGUCUCGAGUUCAUGCUGCUCGACUGGGAUCGCGUUACGAAAAACGAGGCUAGUAGUCGUGCUAUCAAUAUUUUUUUGCCUUUACUCCGUACCUCCGAGAUACCACGAAUUACAACGACACUUAAUAAUUCACAGGUGAUUGGACGGCUGGAGCUUGGUGGUUCAAAGAGCCAAGGAUCUGCAUUGAAUCAUUGGAACGAAGUGUGUAGCUCGCCGCGACGACAAAUUGCUGAUUGGCACAAAUUGAGGGAGUAAAAGCAGCACCCGUGCUCGUACUUUUCUUAUAAACUUUCAAAGAUUCCCCAAGUUUCUCGGUAAUCUGCUAGUCUUAUUAUUUUUCCACCAAAAAUUCUCCCAUCGUUUUUCAGACUCUUUCGUACUCGAGUGCGUGCAAAGCACACGAUAAUCAUAAAAUUAAAUUAUUUCUUUUUCUUUUUUUUUUUUUUUUGUUUAAACCAGUAUACCAGUAAUAUAUGAUAUUCGAUGCUGCGAGGAUCUUACCGCGGGAAGAAACAUUGAAACGAGUGCAGCGGAAGACACAUUAAGGAGGAAAGGUCGUCGUCGUCGUCGUCGUCGCGUUGCCUCGGACCUAUCGUCAUUCGGUCAGUAUGGCCGACAGUAAUCUGCUGUGUGACAGUCCUGCCCAAUAGUGGUGCACUUUCAUCACCUUCAGGAGAGUACCAUAUCCUGGGGGCCAUCAGUCUCUAACGUGCAUGUAAGCCUAUGUAUGAGCCAAUUAAGGGGUAACACACCAAUUGGAAUUAACACGUCUGUUUGGCAUCUACGACGAAAACAGUUGCAGCUGUAGCGUAGGUCCUGAAUGACUUCUCGGCGAUGGCCGACAGGCGACUCGCGGUAUACGAGGCAAGUGCGGCUACAGGAGCUUCGAGUCUCCACGAGAGUUUUAGGAGUUUGGAAUAACGCAGGACGAACAAAAAUGAUAAUGCGAGAAUACGAUAGAUUAACAAUCGUAAGCGCGUAAAACAAUUUUACUAUUUCCGAUAUAAAAAGUUUCGAAAAGCCUAGUUGCGCCGCAUUAUUCUGGGUUGAGAAGUGUAAAAUGUUUUUACUCCAUAUCCUUUUGUCUUUAAUUCUUAUGUAUACAAUUGUGGUGGAAAAAGAUGGAAAAAAGUUGUCGCGUUUAGCUCUUCGUCUCGAUUGUAUAUAUAAUUAAUUGAUCCAUUGCAAAACGAGGAGCAGUUAGCGUACUUAACGUAUUGGUCACUGAACUGAAGCGAAAUCACUCGUGGUGAAUUUGUAGUCGAAUUGAAGUUUUUCUCAAGUACGUCACACGUUACGGAACGUGGUUUUUCCAUUAGGUUCCAUUAGUACGAAACAUGAAUGACAAAGGAAAAUAAAAAAAAAAAAUAAAAAGAUAUAGAAUCACUGCACCGACUCAAUGAUCGAUCGAUAUUAUAUAAUGAUAAAGGAAUAUCUGGAUAUUGAUUUAAAAUGCUAUACGAUACAUAAGCGAUAACGACAUGACCCUAGUCCGUAUACCUAUAGUAUCGUAGUUAUAUUGUAUGCUUCGUCUGUCGUUUACAUCGAAAACUGGUGCUCGAGAUGACGACGGGUUGGAUGAGAGUCGAACGGCGUCUGAUAUCCCAAGAAAAUCGCGGGAUACGAUGAUUCGUCUUUCGCGUUGCUCGUCUUCGCCACGUUUCGUGUGAAAACAAGAAAAUCGUUGUAAAAUAUACAUAUAUGUAACGGGUGUUACGCGCUAAAUAAGGCGCCUUUAAUUCAGCGUUCGCGCGAGCCACGAAUUCAUCGACAUCGAUCUUUCGUGGCUGUUAAGUGGAUAAUGAAUUUUUGACAUUCUCUCGCAAUUCGCAUACGGGAUGGUGUAAGGCAUGCUACGUCGUCGUGCUAUGUGUAUGGGCAGAUUUUAAGGCUGUGCGGUUAAUAAACUGAUAUCCAACAAUGGAAA